AUGUCACCUCAAGCCGCCUCCUCAUCUGCAUUACAAUUGAAUAUCCCUCAACCUCCCAGUAGAAUCACAACCACCUCACCUUCACCUUCUUCAGAUCCCAAUGGUCAUGCCCAUACCGACCAUCAAACGAAUGGCAAUGGGAAUAGAGAUGGUAGAUCAUUAUUAUUCGAUAACACACCUUUACCAAAUAAUGGAAAUACUCUAACACUCAAUUCACCUACCACAUCGAACUUCAACAAUCGUAAAUCCUUGGAUAUACAUAGAACACCAUCGGAGUUCGAUCUUUCACGUACACCACCACCUCGUACAUUCGCUCCCAGUCCGCCUCCACCUAUAUCCAGAUCUGAUAGUUUCACAGAUAUAACUAUGCACGUAAACGUUGCCCCCCAACGACCCGACGGGGUAAACGGAGUGAACGGAGUGAGGAUAAGUAAGAAGUAUAGGGAUGAGAGUGAGUUGAGUAGGUUGAUGAGAACGGUGGAUUUCGCUGCUAGGAAACAUUCUUGUCAAAGGAGAAAAGAUGUAGAUCAAACUCCAUAUAUCAAUCACCCUAUCGCCGUGGCAAAUUACCUCUCGUCGACUGGAGUAACGGAUGUGAAAGUGUUGCAAGCUGCUGUAUUGCAUGAUACGGUCGAGGAUACACACACUACCAUAGAGGAAAUUGCCCAGUUAUUCGGAACAGAUGUAGCUCGUAUUGUAGAGGAAUGUACCGAUGAUACCUCCCUCUCUGGACUGGAAAGAAAGACGGCACAACUCAGAUCGGCUCCGUACAAAUCUCGUGAAGCACAGCAAGUCAAAUUAGCAGACAAAAUCCACAAUCUCGAGUCCAUACGACGUUGUCCACCUGUAGGAUGGGGUAUAAAGCGUAUCCAAGCUUAUUUCAUCUGGGCCAAACAAGUGACGGACGUUUGCGCACCUGCCCAUCCACCUCUCGCUGAGAAGUUGCAGGAACUAUACGAAACUGCUUAUACGAGAGUAGACGGGGUCUAUCACCCUUGUCAUCCAGGUGUAUGUGGACCUCUGACUGAACCUGAGAAGGAUCUGGUGGAUAGUAGAUUGAGGGAAUUGAAGAAGGGCGAUAAAGUUUGCCCUGCACCUAUUUUCUUCUAG